AUGAUGGAGAACGGAAAAACUCGAUCAAUGGAUACGAAAGAAAUGUGCGAACGUGCACAUCUUGUGGCGACAUUAGAUUGCACCCUCAGUCUCUCCUUAGUUAACAAUCACCAGCCAGUCGUUUCUCUUCUGGGUCAUGUGUUGGAAAUUGAAUUAUUUGCAGCAAUGGAAACAACGAUUAAGGUGGAUCCCGAAGGAAUGAAGACAACCCGAUGUGACACGUCGAAAAAUAUGGAUAGGCAUGUACCCACACAAGCGAUUUGUAUUCACUGCUGGAAUACACCUCCAGAUAAUCAAACGGCAACCGAACCAGUGCACGAAUCCUACCACUUCAACGACGACAGUUGCAGAACAGAAGGAUAA